AUGAGGAUGGGCGGAUCGAGGGCUGACGAGCUCCGGCCCGAGCGGAGCCGGGCCUUUACCUUCUGGGGCUUGAGCCCGGGUCUGGCCCUGGUCCUGGCUCUGGUGGGCGUGUCCGGGGUCACUGCCCUGGACAACGGGCUGGCUCUGACCCCGACCAUGGGCUGGCUGCACUGGGAGCGCUUCACGUGUAAUGUGGACUGCAUGGAGGAUCCGGAGAACUGCAUCAGUGAACAGCUCUUCAUGCAGAUGGCUGAAGUCAUGGUAUCAGAAGGCUGGAAGGAUGUGGGCUACGAGUACGUCUGCAUCGAUGAUUGUUGGUUGGCCUCCCAACGAGACAAGGACGGUAGGCUCCAGGCGGAUCCCAAGCGCUUCCCAAGAGGAAUCCGUCACCUGGCAAACUAUGUACAUUCCAAAGGACUGAAGUUAGGGAUUUACCAAGAUGUGGGAACUCUCACCUGUGCUGGAUACCCAGGCAGCUUUGGCUACUAUGAUAUCGAUGCUGAAACCUUUGCUGACUGGGGGGUGGACUUGCUGAAAUUUGACGGCUGUUACGCUAAAGAUGUGAAAAGUUUGGUAGAAGGCUAUAAGUACAUGUCCUAUGCCCUCAACAAAACUGGCAGAAGCAUUCUCUAUUCCUGUGAGUGGCCUCUGUACAUGAGGCCCCACCAGCAGCCCAAUUACACGGAAAUUCGACAGUACUGUAACCACUGGAGGAACUAUGGUGAUAUCUUUGAUUCCUGGAGUAGUGUGAAGAAUAUUCUGGCCUGGACUGCGAGUCAUCAGAAGAGCCUCGUUCCCGCCGCCGGGCCGGGGGGCUGGAAUGAUCCUGACAUGUUAGUGAUCGGCAACUUUGGACUCAGCUGGGAUCAACAAAUAACUCAGAUGGCACUCUGGGCUAUCAUGGCAGCCCCACUUUUCAUGUCUAACGACCUCCGAAACAUCAGCCCCCAAUCCAAGGCCCUGCUGCAGAAUAAAGAUGUGAUUGCAAUCAACCAGGAUCCUCUGGGCAAACAGGGCUACCAGCUCAGGAAGGAUGAGGACUUUGAAGUGUGGCAGCGGCCCCUGUCUGAUUUAGCCUGGGCCGUGGCUGUGCUGAACCAGAGAGAGAUCGGGGGACCUGGGACUUACACCAUCUCCACCACAGCCCUGGGUGAAGGACUAGGGUGUGCCCCAGCCUGCCUUAUCACCCAAAUCCUUCCAGUUAAAAAAGAGCUGGGUCUUUAUGAAUGGACAUCUCAGUUGAAGGUUCGAGUAAACCCCACAGGCACUGUCCUCUUGAAGCUCCAGACUUUCCAGCAAGACAAGUUUCCAAAGAUGUCACCCUAGAUGACUGUUUCCAGUGACACUUUGGGAAUGUUUCCCUGACUGUCUUAGACAACUUCUAAUUUAUAAUGAUUUCAAAAUGUUUUAAGGUUAUAUAUUAUGGAUUUUUUCUCUUUUGGUAUGAUUAUGCUGCUGGGCAGUAAACCUUUUCUGUAAUGUUUAA